CCCCCCGCCGUUUCUAUGGCAACAAGCAGAGCCGGAUGUAGUGCGGCCCGGAGCCUUUCGGGAAAUGUAGUCCGGGCGGCCCAACUGCGCAUGUCCGGCAGAGCGAGCGGCCUCGACUCCGGGCCGGAGACUCCCUCGCGAGAAGCUCCUCAGGGAGAGGGAGAACCUGAGGCCCGGAGGCCAGGCCCCAGCGGAGCGAAGCCCCAGCCGAGUCAGAUGAUGCCUGCGGCCCUGGGCCCCCUCAUCCUGGCUCCUCCGGAGCAGGAGGGGCCCCCGAUGGGGAGGCUGGAGGAGGAAGCCCCCCGCUGGAGUCAGGAAGCCAGCCCGAGAGGAGGCCCCCCGGCCCCGGAGGUCUCCCACCAGCGCUUCAGGCAGUUCCGCUACCAGGAUUCCGCCGGGCCGCACGAGGCCCUGGGCCGGCUCCGGGAGCUGUGCCGCCAGUGGCUGCGGCCGGACCGGCACACCAAGGAGCAGAUCCUGGAGCUGCUGGUGCUGGAGCAGUUCCUCACCGUCCUGCCCGCCGACAUCCAGACUUGGGUGCGGGAACAGAAUCCCGAGAGUGGCGAAGAGGCCGUGACCCUCGUGGAGGACUUAGAGAGGGAGCCCAAGAAGCUGAUGCGCUGGGUCACAGUUCAGGUGCAGGGCCGAGAGGUUCUCUUGGAGACGAUGGAUUCGUCCAGUUUCCCUCUGGACCCGGAGGAGCCCCAACCCGAAGGCCUGUCGCCGGAGCGGGGCCCCCCAGGCCCGCCACCCGGCCCCCAGGACCAGCUGAGUCGCAGCAUAAAAGAGGAGGAGCCUGACAUCCUGCAGGAGAGCGCUCUUCGUGCACCUCAACUUCCAGUCUUGCCCGAGGAGCGAAGCACCAGAGACCGGGAGGCGGCUUCUUCGCUGCUCCCAGUCGGGGCUCAGGAGCAGUGGGAGCAGCCGGACCCCGCUCCGGGCGCGCUCUUCGGGGACGUCGUGUGGGAGGACGCCGGGACCGCGGCCGCGCUAGUUCCCAAACCGGACCCGGUGGUCGCGAUGGGCCGAGGAGAUGAGCCGUGGGGCCCUGAUCUUCACGAGCCCGAAGAGCGAGGGGGCCUGAGGGGCACCGGCACAGGUGAGGAGGUGGAAAUGAGGAAACCCUCCGGAACUCCCGCUUCCCGACCCCGGUCCCUGCCGUCAAUUCCCCCUUCUCCCCGUGCCCUCCGCCUUCUCCACGCCCGGGCCCCCAUCGGUCUUCACCGACUCCCGGGGGGUCAGAGAACGGCUCCCCCACCCCCCUGGAUCGAUCGAUCGACCGGUAGUAUUGAUCGAGCCCCUACUGCGUGCAGAGCACUGACCCGGCGAGUAACAGUCGAAAUCCGCAGACCUUAUCCGCUGCCCCUCAUUCGUUCAUUCAGUUGUAGCGGCCCCUGCGUCCGAGCCAGCCGCGGAUGCAGCUCCAGCGGACCCCGGGCUCGCGGCGACCCUGAGCGCAGCGGCGCGCGGGGGGUUCCUGAAUGUAUCCGCAGGUGGCUCGGAGCCAGGAAGGAGCCGCCGCGGCUGGAAGUGAGCCCGCCCUCCUGGGCUGUAAAAUCUCACCGCCCCCCAGCUCUUCGCGGUCGGCCCAGCCCUCAGACAGUUGCCAAAAGGGGAGCGGAGAGGGACGACCGCCAGGGAGGUCCCCCGAGGGAAGGCUGCGGGGCCUCCGGGGAGUCGCCCUUCCGGGGGGUCCCGGGAGGCCGCUCCCCCUCUGCCUACAAGGACGAGCCCGGGGGUCCCCCGGAGGGGAGCCCCGGCCCCCCGGCGGCGGCCCCCCGGGGCGAGGGGGAGCCGCCCCCCCGGCCGAGAGACCCCCCGGCGGCGGCCCCCGGCGGGGAGGGGGCCCACCGCUGCCCGGACUGCGGGAAGGGCUUCGGCCAGAAGUCCCAGCUGGUCCGCCACCAGCGGUCGCACUCCGGCGAGAAGCCCUACGGCUGCCCCAGCUGCGGGAAGGGCUUCAUGUGGAAGACCCACCUGCGGGACCACCAGCGGACGCACACGGGAGAGCAGCCGUACGAGUGCCCCGUCUGCGGGAAGGGCUUCGGCUACAGCUCCAGCGUCACCGUCCACCUGCGCAUCCACACGGGGGAGAAGCCCUACAAGUGCGCCGGCUGCGGGAAGGGCUACGGCGACCGCUCGGUCCUCCGGUACCACGAGCGGACCCACCUGCGGGAGAAGCCCUACAAGUGCGGGGACUGCGGCAAGGGGUUCAACGACCGCUCGGCCCUGCGCUACCAUCAGAGGACCCACACCGGGGAGAAGCCCUACGAGUGCCCCGGCUGCGGGAAGGGCUUCAGCAUGAGCUCCAACUUCUACCGGCACCUGCGCACCCACACCGGGGAGAAGCCCUACCGCUGCGGGGACUGCGGGAAGAGCUUCGGCGACCGCUCGGUGCUCUACUCCCACAGGAGGACCCACACGGGGGAGAAACCCUACAAGUGCCCCGGCUGCGGGAAGGCCUUCAGCAGGAGCUCCAACCAGAAGGCGCACACGAGAAAUAAGUCCUGCAAGCAGGCCGGCUGAUCCUCCCCCGACCGCCCCCCCCCCCCCCCCCCCCGCG